CUGCUUUCACAUUGUAUGUCUAUAUUAAAGCUCAACACUCUCUAUUCGCUAUUCCUUUCCACUCAAAAGAAAAGAAAAGAAAAGAAAAGAAACUGGCCAACACAAAGCCAUAUACUUGAAACUUUCAAAGAUCCACAAAGAAAUAAAGAAAAGAUGAUUCAAGAACUCUUAGGAGGUGCUGGUCUUAUUGGAGGAGAGACGAAAAUUUCCAUCGCUGGUACCAUUUUAGAAGGAACACCUUCCCAUUCUCCUUCGUUAUCUCCUUCUUCUUCAACUACAACAACAUCAGCAACCGCUGCUACUGCUACUGCUACUACUACGACAGCAAAUUCAACAACUUCUUCCACCUCAGAGAACUUAAGAUGCCCUAGAUGUGAUUCUUCAAACACUAAGUUUUGCUACUAUAACAACUAUAAUCUCACUCAGCCUCGCCACUUUUGCAAGACUUGCCGUCGAUAUUGGACUAAAGGUGGGGCUCUUAGAAAUGUUCCAAUCGGGGGUGGAUGUAGAAAAAACAAGAACACAGUCGUAUCUGCAUCAGUUGCAAAAUCAAGCAACAAUAAGAUGAAAACUAUGGUGUCUGAGAUUGGAAGAUCAAGCUUUGGGAAUGUUUUUGAUCAUGAACUUCCAUCAUCAAGUCCAAUUAUGUGGGCAUCACCCCAUAAUUCUCAUCUUUUAACCUUGUUAAGAGCUAACCAUAACCCUAACCCUAACUCCACCACGCUAUCUAAUUCUCUUGGUGUGAAGGAGGAGACUGGGUGUAUGAUUGGAACCCAGAUGAUGGCUGAGACAACCGGUGCAACUGGUGCGCUAAAUGCUCGAACCUUGGGCAUGGACCAUCUCAGUCAAGUCCCUUCUUUAGGUCUUUGCAGUCCUUUUUGGAAAAACAGUCAAAACCAAGCUCAACACCAUCAACAAAAUGGAUUUAUAGUUGGUGAAGCUCAAAACUCAGGGAUACAAGAACUCUAUCAACGACUCAGAUCAUCAACUAAUACUUACUAUACAGAUAACUCAUCUGUAGUUCUGAGCAAUGUGGGUUCAUCAUCAACAUCAUCUUCAAACAUUUUGGAGUCUUCUCCUGUUGCUGGAGGUGAAUUGGGUUAUUGGAAUCCAACAUUUUCAUGGUCUGAUCUUCCAACAACUAACGGUGCAUAUCCUUAAGAACACUUUUCUUUUCUUCGUUUCAUUUUAGUCGUACGCUUUUUUUUCCUUUUAAUUUGUUUGCUUUUAGAUUCCUUUUCUUUCAUUUUCUAGGGUUGUGGUUUUGGGUUGUGGUAUAUGGAUAUGUAGUAGAAUCAGUUUCUUUUCAUCCUUUUUUUCCCUAAAUGUUUAAUUUAUGUUUGUGUGUUCAAGGUGUGUUUAACUUUGACAAUGUACCAAGGACCAAAAAGUGGUAGAAAUGGACAAUAUUAGCUACUUUAAUUAA